CGCGCCCGCCUCUAUGACUGGCGGCGGGCGCGGCCACGUGACGCUUUCAACCGCGCCGCGCGGGACCUGCGCCGGGAGGGAGCGAGGCCGCGGCGGGGGUGCGCGGGCGAUCAGGACUCCCUCAUUCAUAGCUUGGGCCAAGCAGUCCUAGGAUGGACCGUCAGCUCUCCUGCAGGCACUGAAGUGACUUCGUAAACACUGGCCGUGAGCCGAGGUCCUUGCACAGGUGAUACUUCUGCUCAGUCUGACACUUGCCUGCAAGUACCUUUGAUUAAGGAGAUGAGUGACUUUGCCUGUUCUAUUGAUCAGAAUAAAUUACCAGCAGCUAAUUUAUGGACCUCACAAAAGUGCCUUUGACAUGGUGAAUUGUGCUCUGUUGUUCAGAGAAAAAGGUUUAGAGAGACAUGGAGCUUGAAAGAAUCAUUCGCGACACACUGACACACUUCAUCCAGUCCCACAUCCCUGCAGCAGACCUCAGUGGGAUGGAUGAUGUUUUCUUCUCUUAUAUCACGGGUGUCCUGGAAGAGCUGGGCUUACCAGAGUCCUCUGAGGAGACUUUUGACAUGGACACAUUUGUGGAAAUGAUGGAGGCAUAUAUCCCUGGUUUUGCAGAAAUCCACAGUGGGGAUGUUUGUGAAAUGAUGUUCUCCCUCUCAGAAAGUCUUGGUGAAGCUCGCAACAAAGAAAAACCAGGCCAAAAGGCUGUGGAAAGCGGGAGUGAAGCACCCUCUGAAGACCUGACCAAGGGCCAGGAGCCUGAAGCUGGAGCCUGCAACGGGGAAAGGCUGCGCACUCCAACAGAUGGAGCUGGGGCCCAGGAAGGCGAUGACUUGAAGGAUGGGGUAGAGCUGCUACUGGAGAUGUUCCCGGCCUGUACUGUGAGCCAGGCAGAGAAGGCACUCGCCAUGGCCUUGGGGAACUUGGAGGAGGCAGUGCAGUUAAUUGUGGAGGAGAAGGUGGAAAUUGGCCCAGCAGGUGUGAGCAUGAAGGAACUGGCACGGCCCCGCAGAGCACCCAACCACGAGGAACUAAAACAGGUUAUCCUACAGAAAUACAUGAUGGUGGAUAGUGCAGACGAUCAGAAAACACAUCGGCCAGCUCCACCCAAAGAGGCUCCGAAGAAGUUGAUCCGCUAUAUUGAUAACCAGGUGGUGAGUACAAAGGGGGAGAGGUACAAAGACAUCAAGAAGCCUGAGAGCGAGGAGAUGAAGAAAACCUACAUCAGCAUCAAACCAGCCAGGAAGUACAAGUUCCACUGACAGCCAGGUCCUCCUGCUCUUCAGCCUCCACCUCACCAGCCAGGCACGGCAGGAUGGACACGUGGCACUAGGGAUGAGGGGACUCCUCCACCUGCCACUAACUGGAACUAACCUGGGAGCCAGAAUACUGCUUUCAGCUUCCUCAACUAACCUGGCUGACAAGGAGGAGAUUUCUCUCCUUGUGUAGCUGUCCCUCUGCCCCCAGGGGCACACCGCAGUGGCUCUCUGGGGCCUGGGCAUACUCUGCUAUUCCUUGCAUGGGACAUUUUUAGAUCUAAGAUGUGGCUUGUGCUUUUGCAGCAAGCUUUUUACAAGUCUGUGUGCACUGUUGCUUUAAAUUGAGUGCCAGUGUUAAUAAAGAUGAUGUGAGUUGGUGUGUA